AUGAAGAUUAAACUCAGCUCUGCACUGCUGGCUCUGCUGUCCAUCAGUCUGGCGGCUAGCCAGUCAAUAGUACACAACUGCAAGGAGGUCACUUUGAGGAACGUGCAGCAGAUUGAUGCAGGAGCAGGUCAGGUGAUAGCUGUGGACCGCAGCCGACGAGUCUUCCACCUGCACGGCUCCAGCUGGCUCUACAUGAAUAACUAUAUGCAGCAUGCAAGUGUAGGGCCAACGGGGAUUUGGGGAGUUGAUCGCCAAGGCUACAUCAACAAGGUUGUGGCAGGAAAAUGGACAAGGACAAGUGUAAACCAGAUGCGGCAAGUGGAUGCAGGAGGGGACCAAUUUGUGGCUGCGACUGGAAUUCUGGACCAACAAAUGGUGACUGCAGUUCUUAGAGGAAGUGCCAUUUGUGUGAAUCGUACCUCUGCUGUGGGCUUCAUGACGCCAGGAAAUUCUGUGUCCACAUUUUGGAUCACAGCAGGGUAUCUCAAGUACUACAGCUGUGGCCCUAAUAGUUGCUGGGCAGUUAACAACAAAGAUGAAGUCUUUGUCACUAAGAGGGUGGAUCCAAGAACCUGUAAGGGCAGUAAUGUCCUGAGUAAGGUGGCUGGAACUUUGUCUAUGGUGGAGGUGGCUACAGAUGGCUCUGUAUAUGGGGUGAACAGCAAAGGUCAAAUCCUUCGCAGAAAUGGCAUUUCCAUCCAGAGGCCUAAGGGAACCAGCUGGAUCAAGAUUGAUGUGUGCCUACCAGCUAGACAUGUCAGCUACGACUUGGGCAGACUGUGGGUGGUCACCAAGACUGGGAUUGCUCUGGAGUGUCUCAUAUAGUCACUCGAUGUGUCCACAGCAGUUCACUAUAAAUGCAGUCUCUAUCUUUUCCAAGAGUUUCAGUGCAGUCUGCAAAUGUUUGAGAUGAUUUCUUUGAAAUGACAGAAAACAGAAAUGUACGUCUUCUUUGUGUAAAAUCCUUAACUUCUUGUUACUUUUUUCUUUGCACAAAAUUCUCA